UCUAUUAUUGUAGUUUUCUUUGUUUUGUGUCCUUUAAAUAAAUAAAACAAUUUGUAAAACAAUGCGUUCUCUGUUUCAUCAUUUCAGAUUGUUUUGAUUACAAAAUUACUGGACAAGUCAGUGGAGUCGUUCGGAUGAUUCGCCCUACAGACAAUUUGACCUUUCCAGUGAACUGCUUCAAUGAUCUGUCGACCUUAAUGAUCAGACGGAACAACAAAGUCAACUUUACGAGAUCUUGGCGAGAGUACCGUGAUGGGUUCGGCAACAUCAGUGACACCCAUUGGCUGGGACUUGAAAACAUGCACAUUCUGACGUCACAGAAUCGGAAAUACCGACUCGUAGUCCACAUACAGUUGAAAAACAACACAUCCCGGUACGCCAUGUACGACAACUUCAUGUCAAGGACGAGAACUCUCUGCGACUGUCUAUCCGAUUUGAGAGGCGCCAACUUCAGCACUUACGACAGCGACAACGACGGCGACGGAAGCGUCAACUGCGCAAGUCGUCACAGCGGCGGCUGGUGGUUCCGUGGCAACACGUGCAGCACGUGCAACCCCACGGGUCAGCUGCUGCAGCCCGCCAACGGCCUGAGGACGGGAGUGGACAGCGAGGUCUUCUGGAUCAAAGACCUUGGAGAUGUCGUGCCUGUCAUGAUCACGAUAAGGCUGCAGCGCCUGUAA